AUGAGUGUCGCAUUCGAAUCACCUUCACCCACCCCAUACGGGCACCAAAACCCCCAUUCGUCCAACGAUGCUUAUUUCAGACAACUGAGCACUAAUGUGCAGCGACCAUCUACUCAACCCAUUAAUGGGACCAAUAUUCACCAGGAGUUUUUUAACGCUAUUCAGACACGCCAUACAGGCCAAAGCCCUCUUGUACUAGUAACAAGCGAAAACCGGCCAUCAUCUAGGUCUCCUGUACAAAAGUCACCACCACCAACAUUUCCUAUUGAACCAAUUAAUUGUGAAGAUCUGCAGUCCCUACUUGAAUCAGACACAAAAGAUCAUAUUCUUCUUAUUGACGUUCGCUCUUUCUUACAAUUUUCAUACUCACACAUCCAAUAUUCUAUAAAUAUUGCCGUCCCAAGUACAAUCUUACGACGACCAUCCUUUACAAUCGAAAAAGUCUAUACUGCAAUUGUAUCUAACUCUGAACGUGAACGUCUUCAGCAAUGGAAAACAUACGACCAGAUCAUCAUAUACGAUCAAUCGUCAGAAAUACUCUCCGAUCAAUGUUCCGCACGUUUUCUAGCUUCAAAAUUUGACCUGGCUGGAUACCAUGGCCGUCUUAGCUAUUUAAAAGGCGGAUUUGAGCUUUUUAAAAGGACUUUUCCUUUCAUGUGCGAUUCUGGUACUAGAUCUAAUCUACAGCACAAAGGUGAAUCCGGCAUGUCACUCAAGCUCCCAAGCAAUCACAAACCCAUGUCACUAGGACCACUAACCGUCCCAGCACAAGACGUUUGCAACCCUUUCUUUUCAAAUAUCCGUCAAAAUGAAGAGCUUGGCAUGGGCCCGAUCAAAGAUCGGAUUCCAGUACGCCUUCCUAGUGGCUCCAGUCUAGACAGCAACACCGAUAUAAACCUUCCAAACACACCCCGGUGUAUCAACAUUAGUACAUACAAUCACUCUGGAUAUACUGUAAGAGCACCAGAGUGGCUCAAAGCUAUAUUAUCUUUGGAUGGUCCAAAACACCUGGCCGAAAUGUAUGAGAAACUUGAACGUGCCGAGCAAAAAAGAUUACAGAACAUUGUCAGCUAUCAUUCAAAGCACUCCCACUCCAACCCAUCCGAGUUUCCUCUCAGUAUCGUAGCAGGUAUCGAAAAGGGAGCUCUUAACCGAUACACAAAUAUCUGGCCCUUUGAGUACUCUCGAGUCAAGCUGCAUAGAAAGGGAGAUUCAGGAGACUACGUAAAUGCAAGCUAUAUCCAAUAUGUCUCUCAACCUUCCCAAGAUAUCAAUAUACUUCCAGACGUGAGCGAGGCCUCUUUGCGUACGAUGCGCUUUCCGGAUUCAAAGACAGAUAUUUUCCGACGUUACAUUUCUACGCAGGGUCCACUUCCUACCACAUUUGAAGACUUUUGGAAUGUUGUCUGGGAGCAAAAUUCCCGUGUGUUAGUGAUGCUAACAAAAGAAGAAGAAAUGCACAAGAUCAAAUGCCACCGUUAUUGGCCCACAUCUAUUGGUCAAACAGUGAAUUAUGGCCAGUCGAAUGUUACUCUGUUGUCAAGAACGAUUGAGUCAAUUGACUCGCAGAAUCAGGAAGACUGUAUAAUCAUCUCUCAGCUUGAAAUAUCACAACCUAACCAGGGUAGAAGACGGUUGACACAUUUUCAAUACACAGGCUGGAAUGAUUUUGGUGUCCCUGAUAGUCCAAUUGGUACCCUUCGACUUGUUGGCUUAGCAGACGAGUCUCAGACAUUAUAUGAAGAGCAUGGGGGUGCAGGACCAAUGAUCGUCCAUUGCUCGGCCGGCUGCGGUCGCUCAGGGGCGUUUUGUGCAAUAGACACAGCCAUUCAGAGACUAUCGAAAUCUCUUACCCAAGAUGUCUUAUUUGAAACUAUUGCACGGUUUAGAGAGCAGCGUGUUAGCAUGGUACAAACCAUGCGGCAGUUUGUAUUUUGUUAUGAAGCUAUUUGUUGGUGGUUACUAGGCUAUGGUGAGUUGCCAGUAAGUGACCGAGAUUUGUCUUCCGAAGAAGAGAGUGAUCAUGAAGAAUUGAUGUGUGUGGAUAAUAAAAGACAUUUUCAAGAUGGCCAUUAA